CUCAUAUCGUUAUACACAUAAAAUUUAUGUAGGCCAAGUUGAAGGAUGCCUUGUUUGAGCUCUACCCCGCACUAGAUCUUCAUUUCAAUUGAAAAUAUCUUUGCACCAUUAACUCAGUCAACGUAGCAUCGCUUGGAACUCAAGAGCCUCACACCCUAGCUGAGUACAACGCAAUUCAGCAUGGAGAAAACACUGCAGCCCAAUGGAGUACAUAUCGCCAAUCCUGAACCUGGAGGUGCGGCAGACGAUCCUUCUCCCUUGUUGGGACGAGAACCCGAGGCCUGGCAACAAACUAUCCAGACGGUUGCUCGUGGCGUUGUCUCGAUAAAGUUUUGCCACCCAUAUUCAUUUGACACUGGAUAUUCAUCGACGAGCGAGGCUACUGGGUUUGUUGUUGACUCAGAGAGAGGGUACGUCCUGACAAACCGGCAUGUUGUUGGACCUGGUGCGUUUUGGGGAUUCCUCAUAUUUCAGAAUCAAGAAGAGGUUGAUGCGUACCCAUUGUAUCGUGAUCCUAUCCACGAUUUUGGUAUCUUGCGCUUCGACCCGAAAGCAGUCAAAUACAUGGACAUCCUCUCAUUGGAACUUCGACCGGACUUGGCAAAAGUUGGAGCUGAAAUCAAAGUCAUUGGCAACGAUAGUGGAGAAAAGAUGAGCAUCUUGUCCGGCUACAUCAGUCGACUUGACCGGAACGCGCCACACUAUCAAGGGUACACCGACUUCAACACCUGCUAUUACCAAGCCAAUGCUUCAGCGAAAGGCGGGAGCUCGGGCAGUCCCGUUGUGAACAUUGACGGCCAGGCCAUCGCGAUUCAGGCAGGGGGCCGCUCUGAUGGAGCGUCUACUGAUUACUUCCUCCCGCUCCAUGCCCCCCUUCGCGCUCUAAAGCAGAUCCAACAAGGCCAAACUCCUCCAAGAGGAGACAUUCAAUGCAAAUUCAUCUUGAAGCCCUUUGAUGAAUGUCGUCGACUGGGGCUUACCUCUGAUCGGGAGGCAAAGGUGCGCGAGGCCCGUCCCGAGGAUACAAGCAUGUUGGUCGCCCAGACAAUUCUCCCAGAAGGCCCAUCCGACAAGAAACUAAAGGUCGGUGACAUUUUGGUCGAGAUCAAUGCGGAAUUGGCGACCGACUUCCUACUACUUGAGAAAGUGCUGGACCAAAACAUUGGUCAAACCAUUCGGCUCUUAGUUCAGAGAGGGGGCAAAGACCUGCAAGUGGACAUCUUGGUGGGUGACAUUCAAGCUAUCACUCCUGAUUGCUUCUUGUCUGUUUCUGGGGCAUACUUCCACAACCUUUCGUACCAAGUGGCCCAGCGAUACGCGAUUGCCUGUAAGGGUGUAUUCAUUUCUGAGUCUGGGCCGCUCGAUCUUUGCAAAAGGAACGGCUGGAUCGUACAAAGCGUCAACCAUAAGGCUCCAUCAAACCUGGACGAAUUCAUCGAGAUUUGGAAGGAUAUCCCUGACAAAUCCCAGGCCGUCAUAUCGUAUAAAGACGUGACUGAUCUGGAGACCUUGCGAACAGACGUCAUCACAGUCAAUCGACAUUGGCCUUCUCUUAUGAAGAUGGUGCGUCGAAAUGAUACGACAGGCUUGUGGGACUUUGACGUCUUGGCUAAAGCAAUUCCACGAACACCACCAACCCCGUCGAAGGCUUCAUUUUUCCAACCCGAGAAUGUGCCAUACCCCGCUGUUGCCGACACCAUGAGAAGUUUUGCUCAUGUGAAAUGUGUUAUGCCCUUGCUUGUUGAUGGGUGCGCGGCGAGAACGAGGAGUGGCAUGGGCCUUGUAGUGGAUGCAUCCAAAGGACUGGUUCUCAUUUCAAGAGCUAUUGUGCCUAAUAGGUUGUGUGACAUCGAGGUAACCAUUGCAGAAUCCAUCAUGGUCGAAGGGAGAGUCGCGUUCCUGCACCCGUCGCAGAACUACUCCAUCGUUCAGUACGAUCCCCAACUGGUGGAUGCACCAGUGAGGAGUGCGACACUAAGCACGGAUAAAAUUUCUUCAGGAACUUCGGCCCUAUUUGUAGGAAACGCCGACACCGGAAGAGUUGUCUUUACCUCCACGUUGGUUACCAAACUGCAGCCGCUUCUGCUGCCCACGCUCGAUCCACCCAGGUACCGUCCUAUCAACAUGGACUACGUUGGAGUUGACUCGCCACUUGGUGUUCAAUGCGCGAGCGGUGUUUUAAUGACGACGGAUGGACGAGUUCAAGCGGUGUGGAUGAACCAUGAGAUGCAAAAGUCUCAAACAUAUUUCGGUUUACUUGCCACAGUCUUGAUUCCCGUCCUUUCACAACUUCAGAAUGGAAUCACGCCAAGUUUGCGGGUACUUCCGGUGGAGUUUGAACCCAUCAAGAUAGUCCAAGCAAAGGUGCGGGGCGUUUCUAGAGAAUGGAUAGAGAAGGUUGAAGAGACGGUGGCUCAUCGCCAACUGUUUACCGUCAAGCGCUGUUUCGGUGGUCAGGAUGAUGGAUUACAUGAAGCCGACAUCCUGCUUACCCUGAACGGUGAACUAAUCACCGAGGCGUCUAAACUCGAUGUCAUGUACUGGAAUGAGGUGGUUGAAGCUGAAGUGGUGCGGGGAGGUCAACAACUCACUCUCCAGCUCCGUACACUUCUCGACGAUGAUAUGGAGACGGCCCACCUGGUUCAGAUUUGUGGAGCGACACUUCAGAGACCGCAUCGCGCGAUCAGGCAGAGUAUCAAGAAUCUUCCGAGCGAGGUGUACGUUGCGUCGAGGCUUUACGGCUCGCCUUCAGCUCGGUACAAGCUUUCGCCGACUAGUUUCAUCACCCACAUCAACGACAUGCCAACGCCCGAUCUUGAAAGCGUGAUUCGAAUUUCUGGAGAGAUUCCGGAUAAUACAUAUUUUCGGAUUCGAGCAGUUUCUCUCAAGGCUGUGCCAUUUGUGAUCACCAUAAAGAAGAAGGAACAUUAUUUCCCCACGACAGAGUGGAUUCGAGAUCCUAAUGAGCCUCAAGGAUGGCGAAGAGUGACCUACGAGGAAGGGAAAGCCAUUUAUGAAGAGAGUCAUAAGGGAAGCUCUGGCUAGCUUUUGCGGACCUCUGAGGCAAUGUCACAUUUAGAUUCACCUAAAUAGACAAAAAUCUUCGAUUGUUAUUAGCAUUAAUUUUCGCACAGAAAUACAAACCUCUUUAGGGAGCUAAACCCCAGGACAAGCUGAUAAACCUAAAAUUGGAAUUCUUAGAUCG